AUGUCGUCGUCAUCGUCGUCGCUGCUGAAAGACGAUGAGUUUAGUAACGUCUUGCCAAAACUAAUGCCCGUGAUCAGAGCAGCCAGCUCUUUGGCAGCACAGGACGUCAAGUUUCACAAAUCGGUCGAUGCAUCCGUGGGGAAAGAAAUCGAUCAGAGGAGUGAAGAGCUCUUGUCGAUAGUGAAUGGCCUUCUACGAUGUACGUCGUCGAGCGACAAUAGAGUUGAGCGUCUCAAGUUUGGCGAGGACAACAUUGCUAGCGACUCGGCUUGGAACCCCAUUGGCAACAUUAUCGACUCCAUCUUUGAAAAAAUAGAUUACACCAUAGACCAGAGGGAUAGACUGCUAUCGAAUAGUGGCCAGCCCCAGAAACAGUAUUUAGAGGACGGUUUGCAUGGCAGCAAGGGCCAGGAUGACGAAAAGAAUGGGAGGAUUGCCAAGCCCCAGCUUCUUUUCAAAACACCGGUUGACAACUCGGAGCAGGAGCCUUUUAAACCCAAAUUGACCUCGAAACCCAACGCUUUGCAAAGCCUAGAGUCGGUGAGCAAACUCGUUAACCCAGCACCGGUCUACGAAGACACAGUGGAAAUCGUGGAGCCUGCAUUCUAUCCCCACCCUUACCAAUUUGAAAUAGACCAACAGCCAUAUCCGGCAGCAGUGCUCGAAAAAGCCGAACCCAUACCUCCUACUGACUGGGCAACCACUCAAGCUAUCUGGGUGGACACCGUUGAAGCUUUAGACAUAAUGAUUGAGGAACUCGAACGUCUGGAGGCGAUAGCCGUGGAUUUAGAACACCACGACUACAGAUCCUACUAUGGGUUGGUUUGUUUGAUGCAGAUUUCAAAUCGUGAAAAGGAUUGGGUGAUUGAUACCCUCGCACUUCGGGACGAAUUAUCUAAGUUGAACGUUGUCUUUACCAACAGCAAUAUUGUCAAAGUGUUUCAUGGCGCAUUCAUGGAUAUAAUCUGGCUCCAGAGAGACUUGGGGCUAUACGUUGUGUCAUUGUUUGACACCUACCAUGCCUCUAGGCAACUUGGAUUUCCAAAAUUUUCAUUGCAGUAUCUCUUGGAUACGUUUGCACAUUUCAGAACAUCGAAAACAUAUCAGUUGGCUGAUUGGAGAAUAAGGCCAUUAUCGCCACCCAUGAUGGCAUAUGCCCGGUCCGAUACCCAUUUCUUAUUGUUCAUUUACGAUCAGCUUCGAAAUAUGUUGAUUAAGCAGGACAAGUUGCCUCGUGUCUUGUUUGAGUCCAGGCAAGUUGCCAAAAGGAGAUUCGAAUACACUAAAUUCCGUCCACUCACAACCAACUUUAGCAGCCAAGUGACUUGUCCCGUCAUGUCUUCAAACCCCAAAGAACCAUGGGGGUCAAUAAUUUACCAAUACAACGUGCCAGCAUUCAAGAAACAUCUUGUUGAGGUGUUGUACAACUACAGGGAUAUGGUUGCCAAGGCAGAAGACGAGUCCGUUCGCUACAUCAUGCCCAACCAGUUGCUCGUUGCUUUGGCCAUGUUGGAAGGUCCAGUCGACUCUAGUAGAAUCAUAAACGUGCCUUCCUUUGUAACAGAACAUGUUCGGUUACACGCUAGGGAGAUUGCAGAAUUGAUUGAGCAGUCUAAAAGAGAUAGUGAGCAGAAUGACUGGGACUUGGUUGACAGAUGGCACAAUAACGACGCCACUGUCAGCGAGCCGACGCUAGAUGCAGGCAAGAUUGGUGCUGUGUUUGAGAAGCUUUUGACUCUGUCAAGCACAAUGUUUGAACAGCCAGCCUUACUAGCCGCGUCGUCUUUUGUUUUUGACGUUCCCGGUGUCGACAACGAGAUGCAGUCCUCUCGAAAAGCAAAAAAUAACCUGGCUGCGCCUUUUGUGUUUGAAGUAUCGGGCGGAGAUCUUGUGAAAAGGAGCCUUGACGACUUGCGUGAACGCUUUGAAAGCUCGCAACGUCUAUUGAGUGAAUUUUACGUUUCAUCGCAUUCGGUGCUUGAGGAAGAGGAAGAACGUGCAUCUGAAACUCCCCAGGCAGCAGCAACGGCAAUAGAGGCACCUAGAGAGGAAAAAGAGUUGACUGGACAACAAAAACUCUUUAACGCCGAUAAAAGGAUUAACCCAGACGAGGUAAUCACCCUCCGCAAGAACAAGACCGCGAACAAGCCUCUGAAACAACCGGAGCAAGAAGACAGUCCAGCAGUUGACUAUGCCAAUGCUGACAAGAUCCUCAUCGGAUCCAGCGACAACAAGAAGGAAAAUAAAAAGAAACGAUCAUUUGAUCCGUUUGCCAAGGUGGAAGAUGGACCAAAGCCGGCAAAGAAGAAGAAGGUCAUGACAGCCGGAAAGACGUCGACAUUCAAACUCAAAAAGUCUAGAAUGAACAAUAAAAAAUAA